CCCGCCUACAGGCGUAGGGUUAGGUUGCGCAUAGGUUGCAGUUUCAGUUUGUUUUAUUCACCAUUUUGAGUAGCAGAAGUAUUCCAGCAAAAUGUCAAGACCAGUGAGGAACCGGAAGGUGGUGAAUUACUCACAGUUCAAUGAAUCCGAUGAUGCAGAUGAGGAGUAUGGCAGAGGUGCUGAAAAGCCCAGAAAGAUUCGGGAGGUGAAACACAAGGCAUCUAAGAACUCUAAGGAGGAGAGUGAGGACUCCGAUGAUAAACACUCCAAAUCCAAAGGUGACUCACCAGAUGACUUUGGCAGUGAUGAAGAUAACGACUUUGGAGAAGAGAAGGAAGAAGAUGGAGGUAGCGAUUAUGAGGCCAAACGAGGCAAAAAAGGAGUGAAGAGGGGGAAGGUGGAGAAGCCCAGCAAGCGGGCAGUGAAGAGGAAACGAGGUGCAGAUGACAGUGAUGAUGACCGGGAGGUCAAUCGUAAGGUACGUCAGGUGCGGCAGGCGGCGUCCAAAGCCGUGUCGAAACAGAGAGAGAUGAUCCUGGGAGGUGGCGGGAGUGAGGAUGAGGAGCGUGAUGAAGAAGAACCGACCUAUGUGGACAAAGAGUCAGCCAGCGAUGAGGACUUCAUGGUGGAUGAUGACGAUGACAGCGACUAUGGACGCUCAAAGAAGAAAGGAAAGAAGGUGAUAAGCAGGAGAGGCAGGCCUGAGAGGAAGGAGAAGAAAUCCCCCAAACCCAGGCUAAAGGCCACAGUAACCCCAAGCCCCAUGAAGGCCAAAGGCAAAGGCCGACCCAGUGCAACCAAGGCCGCGGAGAAGUCGUCUCCCAAGGACGAGGACGAAGACGACGCCGACAGUCCACAGGAGGACGACGAGCAGGAGGAGAGGAAGGAGACCCCUCCCCCAUCCAAGAAGAAGCAAGACGCCCCCGCUGACGAUGACGAUGAUGAAGAGGAGGAGAAUGGGUCGGAUGAAGACGGCGCAUCUGGGGAUGACUAGGCAGGCAGCCACUCUCCAGCCCCCUUCACCUUUUUCAUUUUCUCCAUCUUGCUUUUCAUUCUUUCACUCUUUUUCUUUCUCUUUUUUUCCCCUGAGGGUUUGUGUGGUUGCCUGGCUCAGUGGGUUCAACACAGCUUUGGUCCUGAUAUGUUUUAAUCUUCAGGUUUUUUUUCCUAAGGCUUUUUCAAUGUUUGCUAAGGAUAGUAUGUGUGUAUGUGACGGUGCAUGAAAGAUGAUCUUUUACUGUUUUAUUUAUCAACCGAAAUGCAUGGGGCCGACCCAUGUGGCUGAAGCUUAUUUUGUUUUCUCUUGCACAACAGUAUUUUGGCUUUUUUUUUUGUUUGUUUGUUUUGUUUUUCUUUGUUUUGUCUGCUUUUGUCUGUAUGUUCGAAAAACCGAAAGCUGUAAGAUUUCUCUGAAGCUCGGCUUCCUAGUCUAUCUCCGUCCUCUCUGUCAUCUCCACGUAACCGUAGCUGGGUUUUAUGGAGGGGAAACGUUUUGCUGCUCUGCUGGCCACAGUGGAUUUUAUUCUCUUAGUAUUAUAGUUGGUUCUCAGCUCAGAUGUCAUAUAUCAUAGACACAGUUCAAUUUCCUCACCCUCCCACCUGUAUGUGUAGCUGCCUACAAGGCAUAGGAUCAUUGGAAACGGUCGGUGAGUGGGUUAUUUUAGGAGGGGUUGAGUUGACGUAGUCCCCGCUGGAGAUUUUGCCAUGAAUCUGUAUGUCUGUGAAACCAUGCAUGACUUUCACACACACACGCACACACAAACGCGCAUGCAUGCACACUCACACACACACACACACACACACACACAGGAACAGGCAUCCAAGCAUGCAUACACUUUCCCCUCUCCCUGAACUAACAGUUCUUAUUAUAAGCUCCCAGUUAACGAGAUUCCCGACACAGUCUCUCUCCAAAGAAACUUUGAGGUGGAAGUGUGUGUAUGUUUUUCCAGAACUGCAGAUUCUGUUCAUCAAUCUCAUAACUUCAGUGGAUUUCACCUUUUUUAAAUGCUACUUGUGUCACAAUUUUAAAGACUGUCCAAAUGAAAGCUCUGAAUUUAGGCUCAUGUUCUGACCUGAAGCCUUUUGGUCCUGCCCUGUGAUCCAUGCUGUGGCCAGAGACCUCCAGAGGAACAUGGCAUGGGUUAAGAGGGUGGGUGUAGUGAGUCUGAGUAUGGUAUGACUAGUGGAUGAGACCUUUCCCUCAAGAUGAGAUGUGAGAUUUGAUGUUAGAAUAGCAUGAAAAUACCUAAUAGCUGUAACCCUGGUAGUGGGAUUGGUUAGUCCUCUACCCUUUGGUCAUUAAGUGUUUGUGGUUGUGAGAUUGCAAUCUCAAUCGCCUGCCUUGCUUAGAGUCUUGACCUCAGGACAUCCCUGGUCGAUAUCCUCAAAAGGUUCACACUCUGUUGUGCUGGAAAGAGUUCUCUCUGUUGUAAUGGUUUCUGGUUAUGCAUGAAUUCCAUUUUUAGCAAACAAACCUUCUCUCCUGUGGUUCAACUCACUGGGCCAGGCACGUCCUCAGCAUUUUAGUACCUACAUUUUACUUUUGUUGGUUUGGGAAAAUACGAAAAGUAAAAAAAAAAAAAAAUUGCUUUGUUUGGAAUUUGUUUGUUUCUUUUUAUAAUUCCUCUUCAGAAUUUUUGUAAUGUUUGUUUUUUAUGAAAAGAAAUAAAAAAUGUAUCAUGAUUUUAAAGAGAAAGCAUACCCUAUCUAUCUCUUUUACCGAAGCCUUUUGGAAAAGACUGGAUGGCUAUCUUGGACAACUUUUCUGUCAAUACGCUCUUGCUCUACUUCGUUUGACCUCUUCUCGCUCUGUCCAAUUUUUGUCUUUUUGUACUUUUGCUGUAUGUACAAGCAUAACUUCAGCAACCAUCUCCUUGGCUUAAAACACUCACUCAGACAUUCCAUGCCCUUCUUUCCUAUACUGGUUUGCGAGGUGUUUCUUUGCCCAGCAUUUCUUUAAAAAAAUAAUAAGAUGGGUACCUUUUCAAAUAUUGAUUUAGUUGUACUGUGAUAAUGUCAUUGAGAAAGAAGGGUAAAUGAAAUCAUAAAUUAAUUACUUAAGUACAAGGCGGUAUCUGUCCCUCACCUGUUGUGUGACUUGCAUCAGACCAGCAGCUCAGCGCUAGGACUGUCCUCGAGGACAACUGUGAAUGCUGGUGUUGUUGAACCAUGAAUGUAGAUAUUUAAAUUAUAUUUUCUCGCCAUCUCAUCUGAAAGCCUCACGUGUGGUUGGCAUCUAAACAUUUUCACCCAGUUCAGAGAAACAACACUGUGGCUUGGGUCCAGAACAGGGCUUUUCUUGCUAAUGUGAAAUGCUGGCAUGCUUUACUUUAAGAAUACCUAAGAUGUUUGACGCUAUUAUCUUUUGUCCGGUGUUCAUUCAUGCAAAUGACCAACUGACCAACAGGAUUAGAUCCAUCUGAUGGUGUUUGCACAAGAGCCUGCAAACGAGCAAAAGUAAAUGGUCAUAUUUAGAUGUUAUGUUUUGUUACUAUCAGUAUUUCUUAGGACUGGCAACAGUCCAUGUUCCAAGGUAACAUUCCCAGCCUGUUAAUUAGGCCACGGCUUUGUGUGAAGCGAAAUGAAAUACUGAAACAAUCAGCUUGCGUUCUGCUGUGUGUGGUCUGAGUUGGAAUAUGGUGGGAUUGGAGAAAGUGAAGACAGGAGUAUUUCUCUUACCCUCUUUCUGUGAAUGUGUAAUUUCAGAUGUUUCUAUUAAAGUCAUCUGACAAAUUGUACUACUCAUUCUUUUCAGAGUGUGCUGGCUGGUCUCAUUGACCAGACGUAAAGCUGGUAUGUCAUAACUAAAGUACAAAUCUGGUGACGUCUUUCAGUUUUGGUUUUGAAAUACAGCAACAAGAUAACCAUUUCUUCUACAAACUUUUAUCCCCAAUUGCACUAUUCUGGUUCUCAGUGCUCUUUCCCAAGAAAGCACUGAGUUGGAUUUCCCCCCCCCCCCAUGUUACAACCAAAUUCUCCUCUGUUCUCAGAUAUACUGUAUGUCUGCCCCCAAGAGAUUGCCAUAGUGUGCCAGUAUUACCUUCCAACAUGUCUCAUUAUCAAGAACUGCUGUUAAUGGGAAAUACUAUUGAAAUGGCAUGUUGCUGAAGCAGGGCUGAAAGGCUCCUUUACAAGAAGAAAAGUGCACCUGUCGGGCCUUCUUGGGAAAGACACUGGCUGUUUAAUGGCUAUUCAAUGAAAUGGGGUUCAGAUUUUUGUCCUAACCCUUUUUGAAGUGAAUGUACAGACUAGUCGCCACAAAGCCAUAUUGGUCUACCCUGUAGUUGCACCCUAAUUUUGGUAGAUGUGCAGGAUUUUCCCCACUCAGAGGAGAGUGUGCUUUAGGUGUGUAAGAGGGGGUCAGACUAAUGGACUUGCCUCUUAGGACAGAGUAAACGAUUCACCUUUUCGCAUCUUUAUAUAUAGAGAGAGAAAAAAAAGAAUGGCUUCUUUUGUUGGUGUUUAUUUGUGGUGUGUCCUCUUCAAUCUUCAACUGUCCUCAUGGUGUACGUGUGAAGAAGCUGAAAUUCUCCCGUAGAGGGAGCUGACAGCAUUUGGGGGGGUGUUUUUUUGUGCAUGUUAAUGGGGGUGGGAGUCAUAAAGGCAAUACUGUGGGCUUAAGGGUCGAAUGACAACCACAAUGUUGAUGAUAAAUGGUUACCCUGCCUCCAAUAAAGUCAACCUAAUUUUGUACUGA